GCCCGCUCCGCCGGCUGGACAGAGACAGUCGCCUUCGACUACGACGCCUUCCAGCGAUCAGGAGGCAACGACGGCAACUGGCUCGGCCAAGGCGCCGUCUACGAGUGGUCCGGAGAAUACGGAGACGUCGCACCCCAAGUCCCAGAACUAGAGGCCAUUCUCUUUGGCUCUGAGUUCAAGCUUCGUGAGGGCACCCACCGCACCAACAUCGACGACAUUGAAGUCACUGUCGAGGGACCUACGAAGAUCGCGCCCAUCAAGAAUUUCGCCGAUGCCGGCCUGCAUCCAGUUGUGCUGCAGAACAUCGCACUCGCCGACUACAAGACACCAACGCCCAUUCAAGCUUACACCAUCUCCGCCGUCCAGAAGGGUCACGAUGUCGUUGGCAUCGCACAGACUGGUGACGGCAAGACCGCAGCAUACCUCAUCCCCAUCAUCUCUAAGCUCAUGGGUAAGGCCAAGAAGCUCCAGGCGCCACGCCCAGACACAUCCCGUGGCACCUACGAUGCGCGUACUCAGGGCGCUCGUGCAGAGCCUUUGGUCCUCAUUGUUGUGCCAACUCGUGAGCUCGCUAUCCAGAUCUUCGACGAGGCGCGUCGCAUGUGCUACCGCUCUAUGCUUCGUCCGUGUGUCGCCUAUGGCGGCUAUCCAACGGGCGCCUGCCUCGAAGAACUCAGCAAGGGCUGCGACAUCCUCAUCGGCACUGCUGGCCGCCUUUGCGACUUGAUGGAACGCCCAGAGAAGCUUUCUAUGAGCCGUGUCAAGUUUACGGUCAUCGACGAAGCUGACGAAAUGCUCGACACUGACUGGAAUCCGCAGCUGAGCAAGCUCAUGUCUGGCGGCGACACCAACGAAGACGCUGACCAUGUCUAUUUCAUGUUCUCUGCUACCUUCCCCAAGGGCGCUCGCGAGAUGGCGCGUACUUACAUGGCCCAAGACUAUGUUCGCGUGCGUGUCGGCCGCGCUGGUCAGGCGCAUAAGAACAUUAAGCAGGAAAUCAUUUACGUCGAGAAGGAUGCCAAGCGCCAGGCUGUCUACGACUUGCUUUUCGUCUCCAAGCCGGAGCGCACACUUAUUUUCUGCAACUCAAAGGCAGUCGUCGAUCUCCUUGACGACUUCCUUUACAACAAGCAGCUGCCCACCACCUCCAUCCAUGGCGACCGCAACCAGCGUGAGCGUGAGGAUGCCAUCCGCGCCUUCCGUACUGGUCGUGCUCCGAUCCUCAUCGCCACUGGCGUUUCUGCUCGCGGCUGGGAUGUCAAGGGUGUCGGCCACGUCAUCAACUUCGAUCUGCCAUCCGCUGAUCACGGCGGCAUCUCCGAAUACACCCACCGCAUCGGCCGCACUGCUCGUAUCGGCAAUCAGGGCCUCGCCACAUCCUUCUACAAUGACCGCAACGAGGACAUUGCCCAGGACCUUGUCAACGUCCUUGUUGAGUGCGAGCAGACCGUUCCAGACUUUCUCGAGCAUCUCAAGCCAGAGGAGGGUAGCAAGUUGCAGUUCAACGAUGACACCGACGACGAGGCAGAGGGCGAGGAU